UUUUUUUUUGGUGGAAAGGAAGCCUCUUCAUUGUAAAGCUGUUAAAAGCAAAAUAAGAACACAGCUGUUCUUUCAGAAUGAUUUGGCUUUAUCAAAUGAUUCAUGUCAGCUGUCUUAUUUGCUUUGGUUCGGGUGAAUGUAUGACUGAGCUGUAUAAAGAUAAAUUCUUUCAGGGAGGAGAUGUGGCUAAUUUUACACCUACCGCCAAAUACUGCCAAAUAGUGUGUACCUAUCAUCCAAGGUGUUUGCUGUUCAGCUUCCUGUCUGCAAGAUCAACUAAAAACCAUAAAUGGUUUGCCUGCUUCCUGAAAGACACUGUCACAGAAAUAUUGCCUACAGUGAACAUGACAGGAGCAAUCUCUGGGCAUUCCUUUAAACAAUGUCAACACCAAUUAAGUGCUUGCCACACAGACAUCUAUGAAGGAUUUGACAUGAAGGGAAUGAACUACAACUCCUUUGUUACCACAAGCAUUCAAGAAUGUGAAGACAGAUGCACCAACGAUGCUCACUGUCAUUUCUUUACAUAUGCCCUGCAGACGUUUCACAGUGAGGCCCAUCGCAAUGUGUGCUUAUUGAAAUAUACUACAACAGGAUUCCCAACAAAAAUAGAGUUGCUUGAGAAUGUGGUAUCUGGAUUCUCACUGAAAUCUUGCGCAGUUUCCAAAAUGGCUUGCAUCCGGGACAUCUUCCCAAAUACCAUUUUUGCCGACAUCAAUGAAGACAGGAUUUUCACUCCUGAUCCUUGGGUGUGCCAAAGUAUUUGUACUCAUCAUCCCAACUGCCUGUUUUUUACAUUCCUUUCCAAAACGUGGCCUACAGAAUCCCAACGAAAUCUUUGCCUCCUUAAAACAUCCCAAAGUGGAAUUCCGAGUACACGUAUCACCAGAAAGAAUGCCUUUUCAGGUUUUAGCCUAUUAAGUUGCAGGCACAGCGUCCCAGUGCUUUGUCAUGGCACCAUUUAUGACAACACUGAUUUCUUGGGAGAGGAACUGGAUAUUUUUGAGGCCAAAGGUCACAAAGCCUGUCAACAAAGGUGCACGGACACCAUACGCUGCCAAUUUUUUACUUAUUCACCACUUGAAGAAACAUACGGCAAAGGGAAAGGUAAAUGUUAUUUGAAAAUGUCUUCAAAUGGUUCCCCAACUAAAAUACUUCAUGGACGAGGAGGCGUCUCUGGCUAUACAUUAAGGCUAUGUAAAAUGGAAAAUGCAUGCACAAACAAGAUAAAAGGAAAAAUUGUUGGAGGAACUAACUCGGUUGUUGCCGAGUGGCCAUGGCAGGUAAGCCUGCAUGUCACAUCAUCCACCCAGAGACACCUGUGCGGAGGAUCCAUCAUUGGGAACCAGUGGAUAGUAACAGCUGCCCAUUGCCUUGAAGGAGUAGAGGCUGCAGCAGUUUUACGUGUCUAUGCUGGCAUUGUAAACCAGUCUCAGAUCCAUGGAAAUACCCCAUUCUUCAGAGUUCAAGAGAUCAUUAUUCAUGAAAAAUAUGAAAUGGCAAAACAUGGGUAUGACAUUGCCUUGUUGAAAGUUGAAGUUCCUAUUAAUUACACCACUCUCCAGCAACCCAUAUGCCUUCCUUCCAAAGGAGAUGGAAAAAUGAUAUAUAGCAAUUGCUGGGUAACUGGUUGGGGAUACACAAAAGAAAGAGGAAAAGUACAAGACACUCUUCAGAAGGUCUCUGUUCCUUUGAUAACAAAUGAAGAUUGCCAAAUGAGAUACAGAGAAUACAAGAUAACCAAUUGGAUGAUCUGUGCUGGUUAUAAAGAAGGCGGGAAAGAUGCUUGCAAGGGAGACUCCGGAGGCCCCCUCUCCUGCCAACACAAUGGCAUCUGGCAUUUGGUGGGUAUCACCAGUUGGGGGGAAGGCUGUGCUCUCCCUGGACGUCCUGGUGUUUAUACCAAAGUGGACCAGUAUGUGGACUGGAUUCUAAAACAUACUUCAACAUGAAGAGGACCUUCAAUGUCUUUUGCCUCUAAGAAAUAAGAAAUAUGUUUUUAAUUACAAGACAGUUUUGCAGUACAUUAUUUUCUUUGGUCCUAAUGAAGACCAGUAAGUCAUCAACUUUCCUUUGCUUUUAUUGUGAGAGUCAGCCAUGGUGUAGUGGUGAGCUGACUUUAAGGCCUGGAGAACCUGAGUUCAAGACCUGCCUCCCAUGUGUGUUGGCAGUCUGACUUUGGGGAAGUCACUUACCUUCUCACUGUUCUCAGCAGCUCUCUAAGAGCUACAGACAGGGCACCCGCCUAUUUUGGUAGAAGGAGUUUCUUCACUGAGAAUGACCUAUAACACUGAAAUCACGGGUCUAGUUCCUAUUCCUAUCCCCUAGGAUGCCUUCUCCUUGUUGCAAUAAAGCAGACAAUGAGAAAGCAAA